AGACAAGUUGUAUAAUAAGUAACAUUUUAACUUCAUUGUAAUGUCUUCUCCCACCUACCCAACGCCUGCAAUUGGCACCCUUGACCAUCCCUCUCCCGCCACCCUGAACCUCCAUUCCCACCCCCAUCCAGCCCCACAGUAUUUUGCUAUAUUAUAUAUAAAUAUUCUUAUGAAAACAAUUUUUUCACUUACUUAUCAAAUACAAAAAUAUAAAUAAAAAACUCACUUAUUUUCCAAGAAAAUAUUUUCCAUUCAUCCCAAACACACCCAUAGUCCCUAGUUUAGUUCCUGAAUCUUACGAAACGGGUGAGGGUCCACAUAAACAACAUAUGUAGAAUUUGUCAAUCGAUAUUUGAGAGCUUAGUGAUGGCGGGAAAGGAGAAAGAAGAAUCCGAAAAUCAGUUCGUAUGGGAUGAAACUUGUCAGCUUUACUACCAUGCCAGCACUGGAUUUUAUCACGAUCCUCAAGCAGGUUGGUACUACAGCUGUAAUGAUGGACUCUAUUAUAAAUUCGAAAAUGGUACUUAUGUUCCCAUCGAGUCCUUUCAGGAUGGAUGUGGUGAAAUGAAUAGUUGUGAGAGCAUUGCGCCUGCGGAGUCUAACAAAGAUGCAGACAUCAGUAUUUCAGGUGAAAAUGUGGCUCAAACAAUGGAACCACAUUCGACCGAGUUUUCUGAAGAGCAGUUGGAGGAUACAAAUUGCAAGCUUCCAGAAAACCCACCACCACCCUCAGAGUGGCUCGAAGAUACUCUCAUUGAACUUUAUCUGGCGAAUUACUCCACUCAAGCUGCCAAUAGUACUUCUGACGUAACAGUGGCUCCAGAAAUAAAUGACACAGAUCACACACAUAUGUCAGAAGCUGGGAAUGGCAUCACAUAUGAACUCGAGGAAGGUGAAUGGAUACCAGAUGACUGGACAAAUUCUGCUGAUCCAAUUGCAAAUGACUGGACUGAUUCUGCUGAUCCAAUUGAUGAUGACAUGGAUGAAGGCAUUUGUUUAGAGGAAGAAAACUGGCGAGCUCAGUAUGGUCAAGUUGAACGACCAUUUGAAGAUUCUCUGUCACAUAUUCGGGCUGUUGAUUUGUGGGAUUGGUCAGUGGUUAAAAAGAUCAGAAAAGGUCGAAAAAGAAGGGUGGCAAGGCUGGUAGGACGACUGGUGAAGCCCACUGCUAAGCUGCAUCCAUCAAUGCCCUCGAGUGGCCAUCUUCUUAAAACGGCUCCAGUAUGUGAAGUCCAUCUUGAUCUGGUACGAGUUUCAUCAGGUCAGGUGUACAGGUUGAGAAAUCCUAGCACAAAAUAUUUGGCUUCUUUGUCUAAUUAUGAUUCUUCCAACCCAACGAAAGAUUGGCGCUUUCCGCAAAUGUCAAUCAACAGAGAAACCCAGACGUGCUCACCAGUCACUGAAAGAGAUAAACCCAUAAGCAUUGGACUCCCUGGAGAGGAGGAUGUGUCUCUGCCACUGGAGAUCAGUGUGCCUGAAAGGGACAGAGACCAUAUGUAUAGGGAUAGAGCUGCAGAAAGAAGAGCAUUGCAUGGCGGUUUUGGUGUUGGUCCAGGGCAAAAAAUUUCACCUAACUCUGAUGAUUCUGUUCCUUUGGAUGCAACUGCUGGUCCAGAGGAAGCCCUUUCUGAAUCCUUGAGCAAUUCGUUUGGAGCUGGUAGCUAUGCCAGAAGAAUCUUGGAAAACAUGGGCUGGAAGGAGGGGGAGACACUUGGCUGCAGCAACAAGGGAUUGAUUGAACCAUUGCAGGCUACGGGAAACAAAGGUUCUGCCGGACUGGGCUGGAACGAUGAAAGAAGAAAGCAGACCAUGUACAGUUCUAAAUAAAUGGGGGAUGUAAUUCCGCUUGUUGGCUGUCUGAUAGAAUAUAAUAACCUAGCUUCACUUGUCUGCUCAAUCAGCUUAGUUUACUAUUGUUGCCUUUGUACUGAUCACACAUAUGCUUCAAUAUUUUAUAGAACACCAUAUGGUUAAAGUACAAUAUUUUGAUGGCCAGCCCCUUAAACUUGUCAAGAUAUUUCAUUUAGACACUUAAACUAAACGUUGUUCCAAUUGAACACCUCAACUCCUAAUAAAGUGUUUCAAUUGUCUA